GAUAAUAAAUUGAAAAAAUCAAUUGCAAAAAACUUUUAUCAAUAAUUUCAAGUUUCUGGUAUUAAAAAUGGGUUUUUAAUUUUGGAUGAUCCAAUUUUUUGAUUUUAAUUGGGUAAGUGUCAACUUCAGAUCACGAAUCCUUCGAUUGAGCUAUUCUCCAUUCAAUCACAGUUCAGGAGUUGGAGCCGACUAUCUGAAACUCAAUCCAUAAUCAACUACUACUAGUAAACAGAUUUGAAUUCUCUUUCCUUUGCUUACGUCGUCGCUUACAUUUAAGUCACAAUCUCACAAUGAUUUAUCCAAUCUCAUCUAUGUAUACCAAAUUACCAUUACCAAUGAUCUAUAAAACACAAAAUCCCACCAUUUUUAUGGUGAUAAAGAAGAAAAUUUUUAAAUUUUGCAGCAAGAAAAGCAAUAAAAAGUAAAGAUGGGAUGGAAUGGAAUUCUGGGUUUUGAUUAUGGAAUCAUUCAGGCGCCACUAGGUCCCGACAUUUCUGGUCCAGAGCUUGUUUCUGCUGUUGCUAAUUCCGGUGCUAUUGGCCUUCUUCGAGCCCCUGAUUGGGAAUGCCCAGAAUAUGUGAGGGAGAUGAUAAGGAAGACUCGAUCCUUGACUAACAAGCCCUUUGGAAUUGGUGUUGUUUUGGCAUUUCCCCAUGAGGAAAAUCUGAAAGUUAUAUUAGAGGAAAAAGUGGCUAUACUGCAAUUAUAUUGGGGUGAAGUAUCCGAGGAGCUUGUUUGUAGAGCUCAUGAUGCUGGUAUCAGAGUUGUUCCUCAAGUUGGGACUAUCGAAGCAGCAGAAAAGGCCAUUAAUGUUGGAGUAGAUGCAAUCAUUGUACAAGGGCGUGAAGCAGGAGGACACGUAAUAGGUCAGGAAGGAUUGAUUUCUUUGGUGCCUAGAGUUGUUGACCUUAUAGGGGAACGGGACAUUCCAGCUAUUGCUGCAGGCGGCAUUGUGGAUACACGUGGUUAUGUUGCUGCUUUGGCUCUUGGAGCCCGAGGCGUUGCCCUUGGUACUAGGUUUGUCGCGACUGAAGAAAGCUAUGCUCAUCCUGUAUUCAAGAGGAUGUUGGUUGAAUAUUCCGCUACUGAGUGCACCAAUGUCUUUGGACGUGCAAGAUGGCCUGGAGCACCUCAGCGCGUCUUACUAACACCGUUCUUCAGGGAGUGGAGAUCUCUUCCCGAGAGUGAAGAUGAGACGAACCAACCUGUCAUUGGACGCACUACAAUACAUGGAGUGGAAAAAGAGGUAAGGCGGUUCGCUGGAACAGUGCCAAACAAAUCAACGACAGGUGAUAUCGAGAGUAUGGGAAUGUACGCAGGGCAAGGUGUUGGGCUAAUCAAGGAGAUUAUGCCUGCUGGGGAAGUGGUGAAGAAGAUUGUUGAAGGAGCUCAAUUGUUGAUACAGCAAAUGCUCAAGGAUGCUUGAGUUUACAUGUGGGUUUAGGAAUAUCUAAGGAAACCAAUACAUAUUUCUAGUUGUGAUGGAGCUGUAAAUCAAUAAAUGUAUCUAACUUCCUUUUGCUAAGCUAUAUUAAAAAACUCUCACUUCAAUUUGAAUAAAGUGUUGUAAUUUGUGACUUUAAGUAUUAAUCAAACAUAUAAAAUAAAGUUACAUAAA